GGUUCCAGGUGAUCCAUCCAGACAAGUCGGAGAACUGGACGCUACAAAUCAAGUCGCCGCAGCAGCGCGAUUCUGGCGUAUACGAGUGCCAGGUUAGCACCGAGCCGAAGAUGUCGCUCAACUAUAGCCUCAACGUGGUUGAAGCGCGAGCCAGAAUACUCGGCCAGGCUGACAUCUACGUGAAGACCGGAAGUCUUUUGACGUUGACGUGUGUCAUGUCGCAAGGUCCCCACGAUCUGGGAACGGUAGCUUGGUAUCGAGGAAGUCAGGCGGUGGUGACAUCAUCGCGAUCAGAAAACGACAUCGAAAUGGAGCCUCGUAUAACCGUCGAGACGGAAUGGAGUGAUGCCCUCACGUCGAAAUUGAGGAUCACGCAUGUGAAGCUCAGUGACUCCGGAAACUACAGUUGCGUUCCUACCGUGGCGGAGGGAGCAAGUGUCAACGUACACGUGAUCAAUG